AUGUCAUCUCAACCUUACGCCCCGCUCUUACCUUCAGAUCGACACAACGACCCUGAUCCCACUCCACCCAUUCUUCAAACUUCGUUCCUACUCCAACUCUAUCGACAAAACACAGGUCUAUGUUUCGUCGCUGGAGCUCAAUUCUUUUUCGCUAUGAUGAAUGUUACUGUUAAAUACUUCAUUGCCACCUCACCCAUAUCCACCUUGAUGCUCAUCUUUGUACGUCAAGUAUUCACCGGAGUGGCUUGUCUUCUCACCCUAUACUCAAUGAACGACCCUCAUUACUUCCUCGGUCCUCCUGAAGUCCGACCGUUAUUAGCUGCAAGGGGUUUCUUCGGAUUCAUAGGUCUAGCAUCGAAUUAUCAAAGUUUUCGUUAUCUCAGCGUUAGUGAUAGUGUUACCAUAGGGUUUCUCACUCCUAGCUUUACAGCUUUACUUGCACUCUUCCUUCUCCGAGAACAUUUAAGUGGACGGGAUGUACUAGCUGGAUUUUUUUGUUUAACGGGAGUGAUAUUGGUUUCGAGACCACCUUUUCUAUUUGGUCAUGGACAACAGAUCGAUAUACCCUCGCCCAGUGAUGGAGGAGAUGAAGGACCUAUUUUACCUGGUCGGAAACCUACCAUUCCUGAUAAUUCUCCGGAGAGAAUGCUGGGAGUUAUUUGGGCUUUGAUAAGUGUGGUAGGAUCAAGUAUAGCGUUUAUCGUCAUUCGUCAUAUUGGUGAUCGUGCACAUGCAAUGCAUACAAUGGCUUAUUUUUCCUACUUGUGCACAGUUGUCACUGCAGUGUAA